UGAAAUAAAAUAAAAUAAAACUCACACGUUUGUUUUUGGUAAAAUUUCGCUGUUGUUGUUGAUUCAUUUGGUUCAAUCAAACGAUAGAAAAAUAUGUAAUCCAUUCAAACAAACACAAAAAUCUUAGUCAAUCAAUUUACAAUAACAUCAAUCAAAUGAAUCCAUUAUCCAAUUAGGUGAUAUUUUUUUGUUUUGUUUGUUGUAUCCACAUGGAUUGGAUUCAAACGGAUUGCAACGAUUCAAAUUACAGUUUUAGUGAACCAUUAUCCGAUACUGAUUAUAUUGAUGAAAAAAAUUUGUCCAAACGUGAAGCUGAAAAACAAGCCUUAAUACAACUAGAGAAAGCACAAAUAAAGCCUGUAGCGUUUGCUGUACGCACUAAUGUUUCAUUUGAUUCAACUAUUGAAGAUACUUGUCCUGCCCCUGGUUAUGGCCUUUCAUUCAAUGCAAAUGAAUUUCUUCAUAUUAAAGAGAAAUAUAAUAAUGAUUGGUGGAUUGGACGUGUGGUUAAAGAAGGUACUAGAAUCGGUUUUAUACCAAGUCCAGUUAAAUUGGAAUUAUUACGUACACAACAACAAUCACAUCAUCAUCAUACACAUAAAGGUCGUUCAUUAUUAUUACAUCGAUUUAAUUCAUCAUCAAAAAUGGAUGAACAUUCACGAUCCUCUGGAGGUUCGACACCAGAUGAUGAUUCUAGAGGUAAUAAAUCAGCCGUUUCAACACCAACAUCAAGAGAAAGACGAAAAACAUUUUUCAAAAAGGCCGAAAAUAUUCCACCAUAUGAUGUUGUGCCUUCAAUGAGACCAGUUGUAUUGAUUGGUCCAUCAUUAAAAGGUUAUGAAGUAACUGAUAUGAUGCAAAAAGCAUUAUUCGAUUUUAUUAAACAUCGUUUUGAAUCAAGAAUCAUUAUAACACGUGUGAGUGCCGAUAUUUCACUUGCCAAACGUCCUUUAGUUAAUUCAAAUAAAAAAGCAUUACUUGAUCAUGGUCGAAUCAAUUCAAGAGCAUCAACAAUAUCCGAUGUUCAAGCCGAAAUCGAAAGAAUAUUUGAAUUAGCUCGAACUAUGCAAUUAGUUGUACUUGAUUGUGAUACUAUAAACCAUCCUUCGCAAUUAUCAAAAACUUCAUUAGCUCCAAUCAAUGUUUAUUUAAAAAUUUCAUCAACAAAGGUUUUACAACGUUUGAUUAAAUCACGUGGAAAAUCUCAAAGUCGUAGUCUUAAUGUACAGAUUGUUGCUUCCGAAAAAUUAGCUCAAUGUCCAUCGGAAAUGUUUGAUCUGGUGUUAGAUGAUAAUCAAUUGGAAGAUGUUUGUGAACGAUUAGCAGAAUAUUUAGAAUCAUAUUGGCGUGCUACACAUCCACCAAUUGUAGCAUCAUCAGCUAAACGUGAUACAAUUUUAGCAACGAACAUUGGAAAACGAUCAAUGAAACCAGUUGGAAUUAAUAAAAAUCAAACACACCAACAACAACAACAACAACAACAAUCGAGAGAAAAUCAUUUGAUUGAUAAUGUAAAUACUCAUCAAACUAAUCCUAUAAACAUAGUACAACAACAAAGAUAUCCACAAGAUGAAACUAAUCGAAAUGAUAAUAUAAUGAAUGAUCAGAUUCUACAACAAUCACAUCAUUCUCAUCAUCAUCAACAACAACAACAACAACAACAACAGCUUUACGGUGAUCACGCACAUGUGAUGUAUAAUAAUUAUGAUCAACAACAACAACAACAAUUAUAUGAUUAUGAUGAUGAUAUUCAAGAUAUUGAUCGAUAUCGACAACAACAACAACAACAACGUGGUCAUCAAUUUGAUCAAUAUAAUCCAUAUAAUUCGGGUGAUCCAAAUAUUGGUGGCGUUUCAACACAAAUCAUGCAUUCACGCACAUCAAGAGAUUAUCAUCAACAUCAUCCACAUCAACAACAACAACCUCAUCCACAAUCAUCAUCUCGAACAUCAUAUACAAAUUCUUAUGUUAAUAAUCAAACAUUAACAAAUCCUUAUUAUGAGGAUGAAAUUUCUAACACCGGUAUUGGCCUUCAUCAUGCCUGUUCUUCUUCAUAUCCACCACCACCACCACCACCAAAUCAUCAGUCACAUCAUCCAUACAAUUAUACAUCGGAUCCAUAUACCGGAAUCGUAAAUGAUCCAGAUAAUAUUGAUCCAAAUGGUUCCGGUAAUAAUAUAGUUUUAGAUAGCCAUUUGGAAAAAGAAUAUCGUGAUCGUAGUGAAUGGUUAGCUAGUGGUGUUGGUGCAAGUAAUUAUCGUCGACAACCAAUACAACCAUUAACAUCACAAAGUUAUACAGAUAAAUCAAGUUUUCAUCAAUAUUAUAGACCAUAUUUAAAUUAUAAUCAAGGUGUUUCAUAUAGUUUUGAUGAAUCUGAUUAUAGUGGAAUUAGUAGUGGAGGAAGACGGCCAAAUAAAAGUGAUAAUAAUGGUCAUCAUCAACAACAACAACAACAACAACAAUUAUAUGGUAGUGGUGCUUAUCGUGCCAAUACAAUCGAAUCAAUAUCAUAUCCAAGUGGUAAUAAUGUUGGUGGUAAUAACCGACAAUCAUCAUCCGGUAAUAAUGAUACAUCAACAGCAUCAAUGGCCAAUUAUAAUAGCUAUCAUUAUUGAAAAAGAAAUUUUUGAUUCGAAUGAAAUUUUUGAUUGUUUUUUUAAAAAAAUGUUAUAAUUAUACAAAU